AUGGCUUCUGGAAUCUUUAACUCCACCUACUACGGCAAGGACUACCGCGCCGGAGCGGCGCUGCUGCGCGCCCGGCGGCCAUAUCUCUUCAAGAACGCCGUGACGGGUCUUGGGCUGGUUGUCUGUGUGGCAGGUAUCUGUACGUGA